CAGUUAACUCCAGAGGAGAUCGAUGAAUUCCGAGAGGCAUUUAUGAUGUUUGACAAAGAUGGUAACGGGACGAUAUCCACAAAAGAGUUAGGUAUAGCAAUGCGUUCUCUUGGACAGAACCCGACUGAGCAGGAAAUUCUUGAAAUGAUUAAUGAAGUUGAUAUCGACGGUAAUGGACAAAUAGAAUUCCCUGAAUUUUGCGUUAUGAUGAAGCGAAUGAUGAAGGAAACAGAUUCUGAGAUGAUACGUGAAGCGUUUCGGGUUUUCGACAAGGAUGGAAAUGGUGUUAUAACUGCACAAGAAUUCCGUUAUUUUAUGGUUUGUUCUAAAAUUAUCUUUAUGCUUUUUAAAAUGUUCACUGCAUUUUCGCAUGAUAAAAAGACUGUCAACAGUUCGAACGGACAAAUUUUUUCCUCAUUUCAGAAGAAUUUGAAGAAUUUUUGA